UCCAGAGUUUUUAAUAGCAACCUAGCACGUCGUCCCGUCUCAGAGCUUCAGGUGAACACGCCCAGGAAUAAAAAUGGGAUCCUACUGUUUCCUUGUGUUAGCGCUGUGUGCGGCACAGACGUUGUGUGUCACCAUCGAGUCGGUGCCCGGCGUGAAUGGCGAGGGAGUCAUCCUGACUGAGCUGGAGACCACAGUGUUGCUGUUGUGUCGUAGCAAUCGGUCCGAGGGUGAGGGAGCGGAGCUGGUGUGGUUGAGGAACGGCGCGACGGUGGCUCUCCGAGAGGGAAACCGCAAAGGACAAAGCGCCGUGUGCGUCAUGCCAGUCAUCCACCAGGACAACGGUGCCACCUUCACCUGCCGCCUGAGCAGCAACGCCACUGUUGAGGCCUCCGCCACACUGAACGUCACAUAUCCGCCCAUGCUGUCAGGAUCUGACAAUGUGUGGGUGGAGGAUGACUCGCCGCUGGUCCUGCACUGUGACACCUUUGCCAACCCGCCCGUCUCCUCAGUGCGGUGGACCCUCAACGACAGCGCUCUGGACCUCCUGGCAGGGGGUUUCUCCGUGAGCGACAAUGGCUUCGCUAGCCGGCUGUCAGCUGACAAGGCGGAGAAGAGUAAGCACGAGGGCCUCUACCGCUGCAUCGCCGACUCACCCGUCUACGGUAUCAAGAGCAGGGACUUCCUGGUUACCGUCACAGAAAAGACCUUCAAGUUUCCACUGAUGCCCAUCAUUGCUGGCGUGGUGGUGGUGUGCCUGACAGGACUCCUUGCCAUUCUUUCACGCUGGAAAAAAAUCAUCAAGUGCUGCAAGUGAACGAUGUUCGUCGACUUUACAUGCCUGCCUGCAGCCGGUUAGCUUGGUGCUAAGGCUAAGAGAACCAGCUCAUGAAAGGACUCAUUUCAUAGUUCUCCACAUGACUGCCCGUCUUCAUGACAGCAGGGAAGAGCCCUUGCACUUAUUUAGCUUUGUAUAAAGCUAAGGCUAGGCUAACCAGCUAAUUAAAUGACUGCUUUUGUAGCCCUCCAUGAGGACACCUGUUUAUUGUA